CUAAAUAACAUACUCUCUCUGCUUUUCUUUUCUUUUCUUUUCUUCUUCAUUCUUCAUCAGCUCUUUUCUCUUCUAAUGGCUUACAUCUCCAUGAUUCCUCAUCUUACCCUACUUCUUCUUUUCAUAACCACUUUCUCUUAUUCUGAAACCCCACUCUCUGAUGACGAAACACUACUUCUUCUAAGUCCAAAUGAACAAGAAUCGGCUUACCGAGUUCUUGAAUCGGUUAACUCUGAUAUUAACUGGCGAUCUAUCUUCCCUGAUGAUCUCUGUAACUCAGGUCCUCAUGGUCUCGUCUGUGACUAUUUCUUUGAUGAAGACAGUAACAAUGGUUCAGUUCAUAUUACAGAACUAAGUUUUGGGUAUGUAUCAGAAUACUCUUCAAACCCUCCUUGUAGUUUCAACUCAACAUUUUCUCCUUCACUCACUAAUUUCUCUCAACUCAAAAAGCUUUUCUUCUACAAAUGUUUCAAUGAUGAAGAGAUUUCCAUUCCUGGGUAUUUCUCAAAUUUGACUUCUACUUUACAAGAACUGGUAUUCAUUGAAAACCCAUCUCUGUUUGGUACUCUAAAUGGUAAACUCAGUACUUUAACAAGCUUGAGAAGAUUGGUCAUAACUGGAACUCAAAUUUCUGGAAAAAUCCCAGAUGAAAUAGGUGGUUUACUUGAGCUUGAACAGAUUACGAUUUCAAGAAACAAGUUGACUGGUGAAGUUCCAGGGAGUGUUGGAAAGUUGAAGAAACUUAAAGUUGUUGAUCUUAGUUAUAAUGGGUUUCAAGGAGUUUUACCAGAAUCAAUCGGAAAUAUCACAAACCUGGUUAAACUUGAUAUUGGCUUUAAUCAGUUUAAUGGAAGGAUUCCUGAAAGUUUAGUGGGUUUACAGAAAUUGGAAUUUAUGGAUUUAAGUUGGAACCAGUUUGGUAAUUACGGGGUUCCAUUGUUCUUAUCAGAGAUGAAGAGUUUAAGGGAGUUGUACUUGAAUGGAAACAAACUAGGAGGACAGAUACCAGAGAUUUGGGAAAAUUUGGAUGGUAUUUUAGGGUUGGGUUUAUCUGGAUUAGGCUUAGUUGGUAAAAUUCCUUCUUCAAUGGGGAAAUGUUUGAAGAAUAUAAGUUUUUUAAGUCUUGAUAAUAACAUCCUUGAAGGUAGUGUACCUGAAGAGUUUGAGUUGUUGGAAUCAAUUCAUGAAUUGAAUUUAGAGAAUAACAAGUUAAGUGGAAGAGUUAAAUUGUCUGGUAAAAUUCAAGGAAGAAUUAAGUUAAGAGGGAAUAAUGGACUAUGUGUUGAUUCAGAAGAGGUGACAAGUUCCUAUGUUAAAAGUAACAAGGGUUCAGGGUUUAUCAAGUUAUGCAACAAACCGGAUCGUAAUGCUUAUGUUCUCUUAUCUGGGUCUUCUUUACUUUCACCAUAUUCUCAUGUUUUUGUCUUCUUAGUUUACUUUGUUUUCUACUACUAGAGAUGGAGUUUGUUUUUUCUUUUUGUGUUUAGACUUUAGAUAGGGAAAGAAAAACAAAGAAAGAGGUUAGUUUAUGUAUAGGGUUUUUUGAUCUGAACUUUUAAUACUGGUUUGAAGUUUUUUUCUUGUUAAAGGAUGUCAAUAUAGCUGCAUAAACUCAAAUUCUCAAUACAAGUUCAGUUCAGUUCAGUUCAU